ACCAUUAACAAAGUGAAGCAGUGUGGGUAUAUAUAUAAUUUUUUUUUCUUAGAUCGUAGGUUUGGUUCUGUUAUAUAGUAACUUCUAUAGAUGAUUCUUUUUUCCCCCCGCUCUAAAAUAUUAUAGAGCAUUGUCAACCACGAAAAUAUAUGACCUAACUCUAAGCGGUUUUUUGUUUUGUUUUGUUUUGUUGUUUAAAAACAGACAUCUGCUGUUUUCUCUGCAGGGCCACAAGCAUGGCUGAAGAAGAAAAAGAGAAAAAACUACGGUUUUUGAAAAAUUCCGCCUUUCAUUUUCAAGAUAGUUGCUCGGAACAAGCACGGUUUCUUAUGUGGACACAUCAAUCCAUAGCGAAUACAAAAUAUAAAGAAGAAAGAGUCUGCCCAUAUUGUUUCCAGUGCCGCCUUCCUGAAAACCAUAGAGUGAGAUUCAAACCGAAAAGAAGACUAACACCGCAAGUACAGAGGGUGCUGAACAGAGAGGCAGCCAGUAGGACACUCAGCCUCAAGCAAGUAAAGCUCUUGCAGAAGUAUAAGAACUCAGCUAGCACAAUGUUGGUCACCUGUUACAGCUGUAACAAGACUUCAAGACACAUUGGGGUCAAAAGAGACUUCUUAGCUGCAUUUUCACACAAUCCAAACACACCAAACAGUCUUGGUAAACACAGAGAUGCAGCAAGGACACCACAAUCCACUGGAAAAGGAAGUGUGUCUCACAUAAAGUCUGGGGCAAAAGGAAAAAGUCCUGCCACGACCCCAAGAUCCACGUCAUCUAGGCCUGCUACGCCGUCUCCUAAUACUAAGACCAUCGGUAUCAAGAAAUCCCCCUUUUCUCAUCUAAAGAGGCUCUUGAACCUUGAACAGAAACAGAGCAGCAAAAAGGGCGGUCUUCAAGACUUCCUCUGUUCGCUUUGAACAGCUAGAUUAAAGUUCUGUGCAGGCAAGAUGUUUGGCCUGGAUUCAGUUAAAUGAUUUGCUGGGUGCAAAAUCAUGAUGCUCAAUUCAUACAGGGAGCUGGUCAUCUAUCAACAAAUGUAAUACCAAACGUAUUGCAAAAUAACCUCAUUGCAUUGAUUGCUGUGCACGUUUGCCGUAUUAUCUUUUGUUGGGCGUUAAUCUUCGCUGGGCUCUCGGGGUGUCCCUUGAGAUGGUUUUCUGUUGUUUUUUUAAGGGGGCUAGGGGAUGGAAAUUGAAACAUUAAAACAAACCAUGUUUGUUUCUGAAAUACUGAGGUGAUAAUUUAAAAAUUGUUAAGGAAGAGUUUUGUUCAGUUCAGAGGUAUGUAAC